AUGAGCACCUUGAGCAACCCCGAUUCGAUCAACCACAAGCAGGGUACCAUCAAGCCCUCUGUGGCACCCGAACCACCGAUGACUGACAAAGGCCACCAACCUGGACGCAAGGUCAAUGAGGCAGACCAGCGGCCCGAAUUCCACCUAGAACGCCACCCUCCCGGCACCGCACCCGCCAGCAACUCCUACUCUGCCAACACCGUCGACCGAGUAGGCUCCCAAGCCAACAACCCAGAUGUCCUCCGCGCACACGGCAAGGAGGCCGUGCACACAUCUGCUGCCAACACUUUGAAGGGAGCUACGUCCGCCGAUGUACACACCGGAUUUGGCAAGCCUCUCGUGGGCGAGACCGGCGUUGAAGUUGCCCACGACGGCGCCCACGGUCGUAAGAGGCAGCGUGGAGGACUAGAAGGUGUUGGCGCCUCCAUUGAAGAUAAGAGUGGCGAGCGCAAGUUCCCCGAUAAGCGUGGAGACGAGAGAGAGCAUCACAUGAGUCGUCUUCGCGGUAACAAGGAGGAUCGCUCCGCGGCGGAUAUGCAACCAGAGCCCGCUGAGACCUUGGAUGCUGAAUGGAAGUAUGAGCCUAGCACUAAGCGGUAA